AUGACUAUACCUUUCAAAGUCCCCAUAUCCGAUCUAGACUUUUGUCUAGAGCAGCUUUUGGAUCACAAGCCACCCAAAAUCUUGCCCUCUGAAACCAUUCAACAACUAUGCCACAUGCUCAAAACACAGUUAUUGGCUGCCCCCAACAUCUUGUCGCUACAAUCACCUAUAUCUGUUGUUGGCGAUAUACACGGCCAGUACCAUGAUAUGCUAGAGAUUUUCAAAAUUGGAGGAUCCCCUCCAAACACCAACUAUCUCUUUUUGGGUGACUAUGUCGACCGAGGAUAUUAUUCGGUGGAAACAAUUUCACUAUUGAUAGUGUUGAAGCUUCGGUAUCCAAACAGAGUCAGCCUAAUAAGAGGUAAUCAUGAGUCGAGAACAAUAACCACAAACUACGGGUUUUACACUGAAGUGUUGAACAAGUAUAACGGGUCAGCGGAUGUUUGGUCGUACAUCACCGAUUUGUUUGACUAUCUCCCUCUAGGGGCCACGAUUGAUGGUACAGUUUUUGCAUGCCAUGGUGGUUUAUCACCAAGCUGUCAACACUUGGAUCAGAUCAGAGCAGUUGAUCGAUUUCGAGAGAUUCCUCACGAUGGUAUAAUGGCUGAUCUAGUAUGGUCAGACCCUGACGUUGAGAUAACUGAUUUCAAAUUAAGUCCAAGAGGUGCUGGCUACCUUUUCGGAAGUGAUAUUAUGGAUAAGUUUUGUAAUGACAACCAGUUGUCCCAAAUGAUCAGAGCCCACCAGCUAUGCAACGAGGGAUACACCAGCUAUUGGAAAGGGAAAUGUCUCACCGUUUGGUCAGCGCCAAACUAUUGCUACAGAUGUGGUAAUAAGGCGAGUGUAUUGGAAAUCCUAAAUACGAAUUAUGGAAGUAAAUCAAUAGAGGGUGAUGAUGCGGAGAAACAGCCAUACCCACAUUCAGCCAAAGAUGCAUCGUUCAAGUCCACGAUUCAGGCAAAACAGGGAGUGCUACCUGGCCAAUUCUUCAACGUGUUUGAAGCAUCUACCGAGAAUGAUGAGGACACAUUGAAUGGAAGGGGGAUCAAUGGAGUAAACUUGUCAAAUUCAGAUAAUAACGAUACCGAUUUUUUUGCCGCUUACUUUCAAGAACGACCCAAACGCCAACAUAGACACGUAUGGUGCAUUAUGUCACACAAUAAUUUCGAACGCUUUUCCGAGGAAGAGCAUCAAAAUCAUCUUCAAUCACCAGAGAUUGCGCAGCACCAGGGAGAACAACCGCAACACCAAGAGCAUGCUGAGCAAUUGUCGCGCUAUACCGGCCUUGAAGUUGCCCCUGGAGAUAUGGCAAUAACUCCAGAUGUUCAAAGCAGGGGAUCAGUUAGUGACCACCUGUCAUCCACGUCAACACCACAGAUAAGGAGGCCACCAUCAUUAAUGCGUUCACAAACUGUAAAUGGGAGUACGCCCAUCACGACAAAGGAACUGCAUGUGAAACGAUCUCUUAGCUCUGGAUAUAAUAACGCCGCGGCUAAGUCAGCGGCUGCAGCCAGUGGGAAAGUCCAUUUUACAAACACCACCACCUCCCCCACCAAUACCAAGAAGUCACACGCCAUAAGUGUCCAUAGUCCCGCUGCCGUUAGCAGAUCACCCAGCAGCUCGGUUGUGAGAACCAGGUCAAGCUCAUUGACGAAAACACAGCUGCAACCGGUUACCUCGCUGUAUUUGGCACAAGAAAAGUCGUAUUUGCGCAAAAUUAAAAACCAAUUUGCAGACGAUUAUUACACCAAGGGCAUUACCGGUGCAGAUGACGAAAGCAAAGAUUCAGUUGAUGAUGAAGAUGAUGAUGAAGGGUAUGACUCUGCAUCAACUAAUGGGGAUGAUGCAACAUUGUUGGCAACCAUUGACGAUGACAAGUACCAAAUUGAUUACAGCAUGGCUCUUUCGUUGAUGAAAAACUCCACUGUCAACCUCAAGAAGAUAUCGAAUCUAAAGACGGAUACUGCGGAUGAUCCCGCUGUUGUUGAAAGGUUGGAUUGGCAGUCUAUGUUGACUUCAGUAUUGACAGGAGAUGUGGUGCGAUCGGAAAAGACCAAGAUAAUAAAUACUCACAACCCUGACAAUCCACUCGAAAGCUAUGUACACUCGACAUUCAAGGAGAGCAUUUGGUUUGGUAUUAGAGCAAAGAUUUUUAAUAGAACCGAGGACGAUCAGAAGAAAAUUGUGGCUUAUAGAAGAACUUUGGUUGAGCAGUUGAUUGAAGAUAUUAUGCAGUUUGAAGUGAACUACGAUGAUUCAACGCGAAACCCAAUCCGCGAGCAAGUCAAGACGAUUUUAGAUCGAUAUGAUGAGGCGUGCAGUCUAUGGAGAACGUUGGAGGAGAUGCGUAACGACAAACCUGCUUGUCGUAGUGAGGAGUUUCAAAACAGAGUUGACGCAUUGACUGCGUGGCUAUCAAUCACCGACGCUAUUAAACGAGAAACGCACUCUUUGCGAGUGUGGAUUGGUAAUGACGAAUUGGACAUCACUAAAUCACCGGUAGAAGUGCCAAAUAAAAGCACGAGCUCCCUAUCCAAUAGCAAAAUCGUCAAGGAGAUCUUUGACGAAGAUAACAAGUCUCUUGCAGAAAGGUUGAUGAAGGAAAAAGACGUGCACACAAUCUUCAAGAAGCGUAUAUUCAAGCCAUUGUCGCCGUGGAUGAUCAAAUCAAAAGAUACGUAUAUCCGUUUGGGAAAUAUGUUUGAAAUAAUGAAACUACCUGAUUAUCUUCAUGACUUGAUUCAGAUAUGCAUUAUACCCAUGAAGUUAAUCAAAGAAAUUAUAAAUGUGCGAUUGGGGUAUGCCAUGAAGUUGCAAAACCCCACAUUGAUGAUGAUCGAUCAAAUGUUGGACGAUUUCCAAUCUUAUAUCACAAUAGCAUUGGAGGUGAAGCUGGGGGUUCAACAAUAUAAAGAGCCUGACCCACAAAAGAUAUGGCUUUUGAGCGAAUUGUUUGAUGGCGAAGUUUCAGAUUUUGAUACUGUGAUUCUUAGAUGCAUCCGGUACUUUUUGGUCUUGUUCAACAAGAAAUUGUUGGAUAGCUCGAGGUCGCAAAACAGUUUUAGGACCUUCAAGGAACCAGAAGAAUUGGAAGAAGUGUGGAAGUUCUUGCAAUCAUUGGGUAACUAUAUCGAUGGAGGGGGUGCUGUUGUAGCCGAAGAGAUUGCAUUGUUGACACUGAGAUUGAACCAUCGACUCUUGGCGUACUUUAACCAUUCCAUCAGAUCUCCUCCUCAUACUGAGUCCACGCAGGACCUUGUUCGUUGGUACAGUUCAACUUUGGGGAAUUUUGGUCAAAUACGUCGGAAGUUGGCCAGAUUUACAGGCGAUAUAUCAAGAGCAUUUACAAACUCCUUGGUUUUCGAGUUGCCUGAUCAACCACACCAAAACAACACCAAGCUCUUGCUUGAUGUAUUGAGAGAAACUGAUCAUUUCCUCGUCUACACAAACACGAUUGAAGCUCAAGGAACAUAUUUCUUUGCAAGUCCUGAUUUAGCUGGAAACGAGCAAGAAAUUCUCAAAAUAAUCAAUGGUUCAUAUGUUGGUUUGGAUCCAAGCACUAAGACAUCGCAUUUUACCGAGCUUCUGAAUUUGCUUCAUAGCUCAUGGAACGUCACCUCAGAGAGCGUAGAGGAUCCUCUGAAAUUUGGAUACAUAUUGUCGCUUUGUCCAAUGAAGCCAAUUGUGUGGGAGGGUACGGUUUUCAAUGUCAAAGUAGACUCUGUGCCCACAACUGAUUUGAAAAAUGGACAAUUGGCGCUCAUUUCAAAGGUUCCAUAUUUUGAAAUUCACAUUGUGCGAGACAAAUUUUUGGACCUUGUUAGUGAUGUUUUAGUUGUGGGUGGUGGUAUAAAACCAAUUGAACCACGAUGCUCUUUGGGCAAGGUUCAUUACGAGUUGACAAAGACGAAUAAAGCAUUUUUCCGUAUGAGUUUAUCUGUUUUGGAUUCGGUGAAAACAGUUCAACUCAAAUUCAGACAAUUGACUAACCCACAGGGUGAUUACCAAACUGUGAUCAACAAUUAUUUUGUUUUUGCUCGUGACUACGGAAAGAAUGCAGCUCGUAAUUUAGAUUCUUCUCGAAAAUCCGCCGUGAUUAUGAAACUAAUGCAGUUGGCCAUUGAUUGGGUCAGCUUCAUUUGUGACGAUUGUGUCCCCACUGAUCGGAAAACUUUCAGGUGGUGUGUAUUGGCAUUGGAGUUUGCCAUGGAUAUGACGCGUGGCUUCAACGUGCUAUUCCUCAAUGACGAGCAGUUUAGUAAGUUGAAAGUGAAAGUUGCCAGAUGUAUGUCGUUGCUCAUUUCGCAUUUUGAUAUCAUGGGAGCUAGAUCCAGUGAAGCUGAAAAGAACAAGUUGUUGAAAUGGACUUCUCAGAGACAAAACAUUGCCAAUUCACAAAAUGACGAAUACGCGUUGGAAAUGUACCAUGAGGAGAUCAUGCAGCAAAUUGCUGAGAUUGAACAGUACAGAUCUGAGCUUCUGAAUGAGUAUCAAUCAGUGGGUAAAGUUAUUGACAAGAGCGAUCUGGAGUAUCAAUUUGUCACGCUAUUGGCAUCAUCAUUCUCUAGUGUGUCUAUUAGAUGGCAAAAGGGAAAGUAUGUGGGAGGUGGUACUUUUGGUCAAGUGUUUACCGCGGUGAAUUUGGACACUGGGGGCGUUAUGGCGGUGAAGGAGAUUAGAUUUCAUGAUAGUCAAUCAAUCAAGAGUAUUGUACCACAGAUAAAGGAGGAAAUGACUGUGUUGGAGAUGUUGAAUCAUCCAAAUGUUGUACAAUACUUUGGUGUCGAAGUGCAUCGUGACAAAGUGUACAUUUUCAUGGAGUUUUGUGAAGGUGGAUCACUUGCGGGCUUAUUGACACAUGGUCGUAUUGAGGAUGAAAUGGUGAUCCAGGUCUACACGUUACAAAUGUUGGAAGGUGUUGCAUACUUGCAUCAGUCGGGAGUUGUGCACAGAGACAUUAAGCCGGAAAAUAUCUUGCUUGAUCACAAUGGAGUCAUUAAAUUUGUCGAUUUUGGUGCUGCUAAAGUGAUAGCAAACAGUGGGCGGACUAGAGUUGCUUCCAAGUCGAAUCGCCCCGUUACUGGUACCGAAAACCAGAGUUUGAACUCCAUGACCGGUACGCCAAUGUACAUGUCACCUGAGGUGAUAACUGGCUCUUCCACUGAUCGUAGUGGUGUUGUUGAUAUUUGGUCGCUUGGAUGUUGUGUUUUGGAAAUGGCCACCGGUCGCCGGCCAUGGGCAAAUCUAGACAAUGAGUGGGCAAUCAUGUAUCACAUUGCCGCAGGUCAUAAACCACCAUUGCCAUCGCCAGAUCAAUUGAGUGAAGAAGGUAGAAGGUUCAUAUCGCGAUGUCUUGUUCACGAUCCAGCAAAGAGACCUAGUGCUGUUGAGUUGUUGAGUGAUCCAUGGAUGGUUUCAAUUAGACAAAUUGCAUUUGGUGGUAGUGGAUCGGAAUACAGUACACCUUCGUCUGAGAAUGGGAACUCCAGUGCUAGUCAAUAG